CCUCGCGGGGCAGGCCAGUUUGGGCACAGCGUUGAACGUGGGGAGGUUACGCAGCUCUCACUGCCUGGCAUGGCCUCGCGCCUCCCGUGACUUCUCUGCGCGAAACAUGGCGUGGAACAUCCAUAAUCACGCGUCCCGCCUCCCUGCCCUGCUGCUGCUAAUGCUGUUUGGGAUGCAGGGCACGCAGGCCAAGGUGUGCCUCAACUGCUACACGUGUAUUUGUAAGGGACAGAGAGGUUUUCCAGGGGCUCCAGGGCUCACCGGGCUGCAAGGCUCCACUGGCCUUCCAGGGGACCAAGGAAUAGAAGGCCCACCAGGUCCUCGUGGCGUGAGGGGCGACUAUGGCGACCAUGGUGCCAUGGGGGAGAAAGGCACACGGGGAGACAUGGGUAUGCCAGGGUUCCCAGGCACAGCAGGUAUCCCUGGGCUGCCUGGGCUUGAUGGGCCGGCAGGGGAAGACGGGCCACCAGGCUGCAACGGUACUGAUGGAGCACCUGGUCCUCCUGGGCACCCUGGCUCCCCUGGAUUCCAAGGACCUCCAGGUCCACCUGGAUUGAGGGGUCCUGUCGGAGAUCCUGGAGAAGGUGGCCCCAACUCAAGGGGCAUCAAGGGCGAUCAAGGAGAGUAUGGUUUGCAAGGCUCCAGGGGAUUUAGAGGUUCACCAGGACCCAGGGGUCCAAGAGGAGAUGAGGGUAUUUCUGGCAACAAAGGCAUCAUUGGUGACCGAGGGGAUCAGGGUCCCCGGGGAGAUGAAGGAGAUAUAAACAUAAGACCGAGUGUUCCUGGCCCUGUUGGUGAAAAAGGAGAACCAGCUAGAUAUGAACCAGUUACGGAACCUAUACCUGUGCAGAGUAUUGUUGGAGAGUCUGGUGACAAGGGAGACCAAGGGCCAUACGGUAUAACUGGUGAUGAAGGGGACAAGGGUGAGAAAGGUAAUGCCGGAGAGAAAGGCUUCAAAGGCCAAAGGGGACCACUGGGUGAUAAAGGCAAGCUUGGACGUCAAGGAAGGGUGGGGCCACGUGGACCAAAAGGCUUCAAGGGGGCACCUGGCAUUGCUGGCUUCCCUGGACCUAAGGGAUUCAAGGGUGACCAAGGAGAGGUUGGCUAUAAUGGCCGACCAGGUCCAGUAGGUGAUGCUGGCCCCCCGGGGAUCCCCGACCCCAGUGACACCAUUGUUUAUCGAGGGCCUCCUGGACCCCAAGGGGCCUCUGGUCCUCCAGGUGAUCCUGGUGAAGAUGGCUUUGAUGGUCGACCUGGAGGAGUGGGCCUACGUGGCUCUCCAGGCCUCCCAGGACUUCGAGGGGAAGAUGGAUCACCCGGCACCGCAGGACGCUCAGAGAAGGGAGAUGAUGGAGAUGAUGGAUUCCCUGGUUUGUUUGGUCGCCCUGGACCCCGGGGCCGCAGAGGACCACCAGGCAUUCCAGGAAUAAAGGGUCUUCCUGGUGAUCCCGGCAUUGGUGUGAAAGGAGCUGAUGGGUUCCCAGGCCGACCUGGCAUUCCGGGCCUGCCAGGAGAUGUGGGCUUUCCAGGACUUCAAGGUCCAAAAGGGUUCCCUGGUCAAGGAGUUAACAUUGUUGGCCCCAAGGGACCUAAAGGUCUCAGUGGUCGCCCUGGAGUGCCAGGAACUGCAGGACCUGAUGGCCGGGAUGGCUUCCCUGGCCGGAAGGGAAUAAUGGGGGACACCUGCAUCCCUGCUGAGAGGACCCCGUGCGAGAAGGGAGAUCCUGGUAAUCCAGGUCCAGCUGGAAUACCGGGGCAGCCAGGCCCACCUGGGCUGGUGGGUCCGAGGGGCCCAAAGGGUAUCAGUGGAAGUGUUGGGCUGCCGGGCUUGAGGGGUCUUGAUGGGGCGCCAGGUGGUCGGGGGUUCAAUGGCAGGCAAGGAAGGAAGGGUGAGCGAGGUGAUUUGAUACCUGGGGCCUUGACCAAGGGCCGGCAGGGUAGUGACGGCUACCCAGGGUUCAAAGGUUGGAAGGGCGAGCAAGGAGACAGAGGAUUUGAUGGACGAGAUGGCUUACAAGGCACACCUGGACAAUUUGGGGAUAGAGGAGAACCAGGAAUAAAUGGCUUCCCUGGUAGAAUUGGUGACCCAGGACAAUCAGAGAAUGGCUUGCCAGGAAUCCCAGGAAAUAAUGGUACGAAGGGUGAACCUGGAGAUGUAGGUGAGGCAGGCAUCGUGAUUGUUGCGGGCAGCUGGCUUACUGAAGCAAAGGGAGUUAAUGGAUCCAAAGGUAUGAAAGGAGAAAAGGGCUACAGAGGUAUAACUGGUGAUGUUGGUCUACCUGGUCGAAAGGGAGAUAUUGGCUUUUCCCUCAGAGGUGAUCAAGGUCCCAAGGGUUACCCAGGUUUGCCGGGCGACGUUGGACGGGUUGGCAGAAAGGGAGACCCAGGUGAUAAUGGCAUUUCAGGAUUAUAUGGGCUCAAAGGCAUCAAAGGUGAGGAAGGUGAGGAUGGCAUCAGUGGAUUGCCGGGUCCUUCAGGAGUACCAGGUCGAGCAGGAGAGAAGGGUGAGCGUGGACUUGACGGCAUCCCUGGGAGCAAGGGCUACUUUGGUCUACCUGGCUCUCCUGGCAUAAGAGGACCAAAAGGAGCCCCGGGAGAUGCGGGAUUCUCAGGCCGCAAGGGUACCAAGGGAGAGAUUGGUGACAGCAUCAAAGGUCGACCUGGGGUUGCUGGCAGACCAGGGCGUCAGGGCUUUUCUGGUCUUCCUGGCCAACGAGGUCCCCCAGGGUCAGCAGGCCUACCAGGACCCAGAGGCAGCAAGGGCAUGCGAGGGGAUGCAGGAUUUGCAGGCAUUGUUGGGCUUCAGGGUGACAAAGGCAGGGAUGGACCUCUUGGCAGUGAGGGUUCUCCAGGCAGGAAUGGCAUCAUUGGUCCCAAGGGAGAGCGUGGCUUUAUGGGCAUCCUAGGUAAUCCUGGUGAAAGUGGUGAUGAUGGGUUGCCUGGUCCUAUUGGUCCAAAGGGAGAGACAGGAGACAUUGGACCACUAGGUGAACGAGGCUUCCCAGGUGAUUCUGGGCCCAAGGGCCCAAAGGGUUUCCCAGGAGAGCCAGGUUACCGAGGGCCGCCGGGACUCAAUGGCACCUUCUAUGGACAUGGAAGUGAUGGAGAAAAAGGGUUCCCGGGUGUUAAUGGACUAUCAGGACCACCUGGACCAGUAGGCCUCAGAGGCCUGCCUGGAUUGCCGGGAAUCAACUAUGAAGGUGCCAAAGGACGCGAGGGGCCUUUUGGUCUCAGGGGUUUACCCGGAGAACAAGGCAGACUAGGACUCAAGGGAGUUGCAGGCCGUUUUGGCCUUAAAGGGAGCCAGGGUGAGCCAGGUGAUGUGGGGCCUCCAGGACCUAGUGGAGGGGUUCUACUGGGGCCACGGGGCCUUCCAGGACCACCAGGCCCAAAGGGUCAACGUGGGGAGCCAGGCAGAUUUGGCCUGAAAGGGCUGCCUGGCAGCAUUGGUCCUCAAGGUUUUAGUGGAAGGGAUGGCUUCAAGGGUGUUAGGGGCCAGCAAGGAGAUCGCGGGUUACCAGGCAUCACGAUAGGGGUGGAGCCAGCUGAAAGGGGUGAACCAGGCUUCCCAGGGCUAGAAGGUGCCCAGGGAAGAGACGGCCUACCUGGCCUGCCCGGAAUAAAGGGCCUUCGAGGUAAUGAUGGUCAGCCAGGCUUCAGUGGACGGCCAGGAUUAGUGGGGCUGCUUGGUGACGAGGGACAGAGAGGACGACGAGGGCCUGAGGGAAUUCCUGGCAGGAAGGGUGAAGCUGGUGAGGAAGGUGCUGCAGGCAGACCAGGUCGGUUUGGUCGUCCAGGCAUCCCUGGCCAGAAGGGUCAACCUGGGAACUUUGGCAUUGAUGGUCCACAAGGAGCCAAGGGUCUGCCUGGAGGGACUCAGGCUGGAAGUAAAGGCAAGCCAGGAGACCAAGGAUUUGCUGGUAACCCAGGACAGAAUGGGCUGCCCGGUCUUAAUGGACAGGCAGGCCAGACAGGAGACCAGGGUGUGAGGGGCCAUCCAGGCCUACCAGGCAACCUAGGAUCUAUAGGUCUGAAGGGAGAGCGAGGUGACCCAGGUUUCCAAGGCCUCACGCAGCCCCCGGGGCAGCCAGGCUUGCCCGGAGAGCCAGGCUUCCCAGGGUUCCCAGGCCUACCAGGAAGAGAAGGGGACAGAGGACUGGAUGGGCUUCCAGGGCUGCAGGGAGUGCCUGGAAAUAUCGGUCCAAAGGGAGAGCUUGGAGAUGUAGGAGUUGAAGGCCUCCCAGGAAUUCCAGGCCGUCCGGGGGAGAGAGGUGACCGUGGUAAUGCUGGUAGCCUUGGCCCUCCUGGCUUCAUGGGCAAGCCAGGCCGUGAUGGUGAGAAAGGCAGCAAGGGUACACUCGGUGACGGUGGGAGGCCUGGUCCACCGGGAUUGCCAGGGCCCAGGGGACCCAUUGGAGAUAUUGGCAUAGAUGGCGUGCCAGGACCACAGGGUGUGCCAGGGCGUCCCGGUGAGUUUGGUGAUCCGGCUCCUCCUGGUCCCCCACCCCGGUCUAGAGGCUACCUUAUCACUAGACACUCCCAAGAAGUGUUCACCCCCACCUGCCCUGCUGGCACAAAUGUGAUGUGGGAAGGCUACUCUCUCCUUCAUGUGAUGGGGAACCACCGUGCUCAUGGACAGGAUCUAGGUGCCUCAGGAAGUUGCCUCAGGAAGUUCAGCACAAUGCCGUACCUCUUCUGCAACCUGAACAAUGUUUGUGACUUCUCGCAGCGGAACGACUACUCAUACUGGCUCUCCACCACAGAGCCAAUGCCUAUGAUGAUGACUCCCAUCGUGGGACGUGACAUUGAGAAAUACAUAUCAAAAUGUGUAGUGUGUGAGGCACCAUCUGUGGUUAUUGCUGUUCAUAGCCAAACACUUGCGAUACCUGAUUGUCCUGAUGGUUGGGAGUCUCUUUGGAUUGGCUAUUCAUUCAUCAUGCACACAGAUUCAGGGGCAGAAGGAGCAGGACAGUCACUCAUCUCCCCUGGAUCAUGCCUUGAGGACUUCCGAUCUAACCCAUUCAUUGAGUGCACUGGCCAUGGUCGGUGCAACCUCUUCCCUUCUGCCUUCUCUUACUGGCUGGCCACCAUUGAGUUAGAGCAGCAGUUCCGAAAGCCACGCCAGCAGACCUUAAAGGCUGGGGACCUCAAGACACGCGUCAGUCGCUGCAACACAUGCAUGCGACGGCGCAGAGGAACUGUCUUGCCACCACCAGCCACACCACCUCCUGAGUACAGAGGGGGUGGAUUCCCAGCCCGUGCUCCUGCACCACAGUACUCCCCAUUUGAUAACAGGUUUUCCUUCGGAGGGUAAAUUAUUAACACAUUGAAGUUAAAAAGAAAAGGAAAUUGAGUAGUCUGAAAUUAAAAGUAAUGUUACAGUAUGUUGGAGUAGAAGAGUAAUAAACUGCAUUGUGUGCAUUUAUUGUAUGUGUGUGUGUGUGUGUGUGUGUGUGUGUGUGUGUGUGUGUGUGUGUGUGUGUGCUUAUUAAGUAAGUAAAAUGUAAUGUUGCCUUAUAAAUACCAAAAUUGCCUUGGGAGUACCGAACCAGAAACUCUGCUUGGAUGUAAGUCUAAAAAUCAAUCUUGAAGCAAAUAUACUAUUUUGUUUAAGUAAGUUUUAAGUGUACCUCAGAUAUGCAUCAGGUUACAUUCUUAAGACAUUCUGAUCACAUAGUUAAAGGUGCACUCACUAAGGAAGCUUACUUUUAGCCAGUCAUGGAUUAUGAACCUCCCUCCUCCAACACUUUUAAACCUAGAAGAGUGAUGCCAAGAGGUUGUUUAUAGGAAAAGUAAUCAAAGUCACUAUAAUUUUUAGCAUUUAAGUCACAAGUUCUGCUCACUGCCAUCAUAUGUAUAAUACCAGUGUAAAUGUUUUUAGCUUCUUAUCUUUAGCUUAGAAAGUAAUACUGUACAUAACAUAUUUUCUACCAUCAUAAGCAGUAAGUUUUAAACCACUGAUUAUAUUUUCUUUCCUGAAGAAUAAUAUAUGUAGAAAUUGUGUUCAAUUGCUGUUUAAAUCGAAAAGGUUAAAAUAAAGCUGCCAUUUCUAA